UGUGAGCUCCCGGCCGGCGCUUGGGGCCGUUGCGGCGGGACGCCCCGGAGCGGCGCGCCGGCGGCCAUGGAGCAGGACGACCCGGGCGAGGCGCUGGCGGAGCUGCGCGGGCGGCGGCUGGGCGCGCGGGAGCUGCUGCAGGCGGCGGCGGGCUCGGGCCUGGCCGCCUACGCCGUGUGGGCGCUGCUGCUGCAGCCCGGCUUCCGGCGCGUGCCGCUGCGGCUGCAGGUGCCGUACGUGGGCGCGAGCGCGCGGCAGGUGGAGCACGUGCUGUCGCUGCUGCGAGGCCGCCCCGGGAAGACGGUGGACCUGGGCUCUGGCGACGGCAGGAUUGUGCUGGCCGCCCACAGGUGUGGCCUCCGCCCGGCGGUGGGCUACGAGCUGAACCCCUGGCUGGUGGGCCUGGCCCGGCUGCACGCGUGGAGGGCGGGCUGUGCCGGCAGCGUCUGCUACCGCCGUGAGGACCUCUGGAAGGUGGACCUGAGGGACUGCCGCAAUGUGUCCGUGUUCCUGGCCCCUAGCGUGCUCCCACGGCUGGAAGACAAGCUGCAGGCAGAGCUGCCCGAAGGGGCCCGAGUGGUGUCAGGGCGCUUCCCCCUCCCCACAUGGCAGCCCGUGGCUGUGAUGGGUGAGGGUGUGGACUGUGUCUGGGCGUACGAUGUCCCGAGGGGCGGGUUGGCUGGUCAGGCGUCCCCACGACCCAGUUCUGCCUCAGCCCCUGGGCCCCCCAGUUCUCAGGCUGGCUGACCAUUUGCACACAAUAAAGACUCGUGGACUCGU